UAAGGGCGGAGCGGGGCGGUAACUUCCGGGUGAGGAAAAAAGUUGAGCCGGACUGGCGGUGAAGAGGGAGGAGGAGGAAGCGGCAAAGGCCGGGCGGCAACGGCUGUUGUAGGUUGUGAGACUGCAGCGGCUCUUCCCGGACGGACCAUGGACAGCCAGGGCAGAAAGGUGGUGGUGUGCGAUAACGGCACCGGGUUUGUGAAGUGUGGAUAUGCAGGCUCCAAUUUUCCAGAACAUAUCUUCCCAGCUUUGGUUGGCAGACCUAUUAUCAGAUCAACCACCAAAGUGGGAAACAUUGAAAUCAAGAAUAACAAAAAGAUGGAUCUUAUGGUUGGUGAUGAGGCCAGUGAAUUACGCUCGAUGUUAGAGGUUAACUACCCAAUGGAAAAUGGCAUAGUACGAAAUUGGGAUGACAUGAAACACCUGUGGGACUAUACAUUUGGACCAGAAAAACUCAACAUAGAUACCAGAAAUUGCAAGAUCUUACUUACUGAACCUCCUAUGAACCCAACCAAAAACAGAGAGAAGAUUGUAGAGGUAAUGUUUGAAACAUACCAGUUUUCUGGCGUAUAUGUAGCCAUCCAGGCAGUUCUGACUUUAUAUGCUCAAGGUUUAUUGACUGGUGUAGUGGUGGACUCUGGAGAUGGCGUAACUCACAUUUGCCCGGUGUAUGAAGGCUUUUCUCUCCCUCAUCUUACCAGGAGACUGGAUAUUGCUGGCAGGGACAUCACCAGAUAUCUCAUCAAGCUGCUUUUGUUGCGAGGAUACGCCUUCAACCAUUCUGCUGAUUUUGAAACAGUUCGAAUGAUUAAAGAGAAGCUGUGUUAUGUGGGAUACAAUAUUGAACAAGAACAGAAACUGGCCUUAGAAACCACAGUAUUAGUUGAAUCUUAUACACUCCCAGAUGGACGAAUUAUUAAAGUUGGGGGAGAGAGAUUCGAAGCACCAGAAGCUUUAUUUCAGCCUCACUUGAUCAAUGUCGAAGGAGUUGGUGUUGCGGAAUUGCUUUUUAACACAAUCCAGGCAGCUGAUAUUGAUACUAGAUCUGAAUUCUAUAAGCACAUCGUGCUUUCUGGAGGAUCUACUAUGUAUCCUGGCCUGCCAUCACGGUUGGAACGAGAACUUAAACAGCUUUACUUAGAACGAGUUUUAAAGGGAGAUGUGGAAAAACUUUCUAAAUUUAAAAUCCGCAUUGAAGACCCACCUCGCAGAAAGCACAUGGUUUUCCUGGGUGGCGCAGUACUGGCAGAUAUCAUGAAAGACAAAGACAACUUUUGGAUGACCCGACAAGAGUACCAGGAAAAAGGUGUCCGUGUGCUGGAGAAGCUUGGUGUGACUGUUCGAUAAACUGCAAGGGCUUUUCCCAUCACACCACUAAUGCUUUCUUUUUCCCUUUAUUGGCAAUCUUUGAACUCUUUCAACUCCAGGACAUGGAGAGGCGUCUCUGUGCCCUUUGACUGGAAAGGUCAAGUUUUAUUCUGGUGUCUUGGGGAAGCAUUGUUAAGUUUUUGUUACUGAGGGUAAAUCUGGCUGCUUAAUUCAACCACUUCCCUGCAAACAAAACCAGAGGGCAAAGGGUCCCUCUGCUGCUUUGUUUCUUCUAAGUGCGUUUAGAUGACUCCUGUCGGUUUCCUAUUUUCACUUUACUGCUCUGCUGUUGCUUGUGUUAGUCUUUAGCACCGUAGGUGGUAUGCCUUUAUUAGCAUAAGAAAAACUAAGCAAUCUUUUGCAUAUUCCUGGGGUAGGGGUGGUAAGGGUCGGGUGGGCAUUUUCUCUAGUGUGGCGCUUGCAACCGUUAUUGCUGUAGCUUUAAGUGACUUAAAGCUUCUCCUGUUAACAUCUUAGGGAAAUGUUAAACUCAAAUCUACAGUGUUUUGAGUGUGUUACUGUGUGAUGGGAAGAAUGGGUAGUCUCUUGAUUAUGAUUUUUGAAGUUUCUUGUGGGGUAGGGGUUGUGCAGAAGACGAAUUUUAUUUACAGUACUUUGAUUUGGCAGGUUGUCUUCUUUUGGUCUGCCUGGAAUUGUUUCUGUAUGAUACAAGUGUAAUAUUCCAUUACCAUGUGACUUAGGGAUUUUUUAUUUUUUAAUCAACCAUGUUAGGCGGAACUAGACUGUAGAAUCAAUCAAUGGAAAAGUAACAUUUAAAUAUGCUUUAAAAAUAAAUUAUGCUUUUAUUAAUUCAAAUUACAGAUAAAAAGUGCUUAAGAGCUGGUAUCUUCUAAAUGCUUCUGUUAAUUCCAGAAGCAUUAAGGUAACCCAGCACCCAGUACCAUUUCUUUCAAAUAAUUAUUUUAUAUAAUUGACCAGUGCUUAUUUAAUAAAACAACCAGUUGCAUGUAAAUAAUUACUGGCAGUAGAUUUUUCAUGGUUGGUUUAAAAAUGACAUUGGCAUUUGGGACUUGCUGCCAGUUGAAUAGUUUUCAUUUGUUUUCUGUCUGUUUUGAUUUGAGGCCCACAAGCAAAGUAAGAUUUGAAUAUUUAAAAUGUUGGCCAAAAACAAGAUUUAAAUAUGUCUUUUUAUGGAAAACUAAUCCUAACUGCUAAUUCUCUGAUGUCUUUUGUGCUUGAAGGAAGAGGGGUUGGGAUUCUGUAAACGUUAGCAAACUUUUUCCUGCCUGUGUCAGAAAAUUGUACUUAUGAGUCCUGUCCGUAUUGUUACCUGAAAAAAUAUUAAAUAGUAUCCAGACAUGAGUUCUUCCUAAAUUUGAGAAAAAUUUGACAUCAAAUCAUGCUAAGUAUGAAGUGCAGAUUAUUUUUCUGCAUUUCAAAACAUUCUUUACUAAAAAUGAAUUUGAAAAGGAAAGCUUUAAUUUUUUGGAUGACUGAAAUCAGAGAAAUUGGCUUGACUCUUAUUUUGUAUGAAAAAACUUUAAAAAUUAGUUUAUAUGAAAUAAGCAGCAAAAGAAGGUUAGUUUUAAUUAUGCGGUUCUGUUAAUACCAUUUUUUGUCUGUUUUACCUCAACUUGAACCCAGAAGUUGGCGUGCAUGCUGGACAUGCUUCCGCACACAGGAAUAGUGCGUGAAUAAUGUGGGUUGGACUCAGGGCCUGGCUCUCAGAAUCACUCUGGAAUCCUUAGUGUUCCUGACUCUUUAGUUCAGAUAAAUGAUUGACUCUUGGCCUUUGGUCAUGACUUUAAAAUAUGGGUAUAAAGAACAAAGAAUAGGAAGAACUCAUAAUAAAAGAAUGAACACCUGUUAUUUGUCCCAUGAAUGUAGAAUUUGUUUUCAUUUCAUAAUUCUGCUAGCAAAAUGACAGUUAAAAUGGCAUAUUAAUAUAUGUGUAAUAAUUUAGAAAUUCAUUUUAUAAUUUUCCUAUCCUAAGGUAAAGAAAUACAUUUAAUAAUUUAGGAGUUGGGAGGUAUGAAUGUGUGUGGGGGGGUUCUAUUUUAAAAGAUCUGAUUGUUAGCUCCCAAAAACUCGUUGUCACUUGGAGUCCAAUGAUGUUUAAAAUUUUAUUUUUAAAUUAGAAUUACCAAUGCCUUGAAGAGUUUCUUAGUAAGCAUGGUACUGCCUGUAAACUUCUACACCGUUCUGAGUGAGCACUGUUAUUAUCUGGAAAGGACUUUGAAAGAUCAAUGGAAAGCUAAAUAUUCUAAAUUGAACACAAAUAUACUUCUCACUGAUUUAGAAAAUAAA